CUCCUCUCCUUUCUCUCCCUCCUCCUCCACUCUCUCCCCUUCCACCUCCUCCCCUUUCUCUCCCUCCUCCUCUCGUAGCGCCUCACCCCUCACCCCAACCUCCAGCCCAUCAGACUCUGGUUCUCAGAGGUCCUCUCCUCUACCGCCCCCCGAGGUGGCCAACGGUACUGCAGCCUCCCUGUCUCCCACUGAACAGGAGCCCAAGACAACGUCUAACCUGGGGCGAUCAUUCCUCAGUCACCACAUGUCUGCCUUGGGGAUCAGUAGGAGGUCACGGCUCUUUAACAAGGCUGGUUCCAUCUCUGAGGAACCUGCUCCUUCUGCCUCUCGAGCCGCAAGCAGCCCGUCUCCUACUGACUUGGCUGGCCCUGAGAAGCAACAGCAGCCCCAGACGGUCCCGGAGCAACACGGGAACAAGACCGAGAGGAACACCUUCAGCUCUGAGCAGGCCAGCCACAGUGCCGUUUGCCCAGAGGACUGUAAUGUUGAUAUGGACAAGCCCGUCCUCAGGAAGUUUCAAGGCACCUUCCUCCGCAACCUGGUCGCCACCCAGUGGGAGAAGACGAGCAGGAGCCAACACGAGAAGCUCCAGGAUAGGCUGUCCCAGGAUGACCCCAUAGUCACGUCCCCCAGGGCAGAGGAGGAGACCUCACCUGCAGACAGCAGCCCCAGUACACCCACUGAAGCCCCGUACCAGGCCAGCGGUGCAGAAACAGGGCCCCAGCCAGAGCUCCACGCAGGGGGGCAGGUCUCAGGAGAGACUGGCCCCAUCCAGAGAACCCUGGAACAGCCUGACCCAGCAGACACCCAGGCGACCCAUAAUGAUCCAGGUGUCAGUGUCCAACAGAAAAACCUCUCCAACGAGAAGAAGUUCAUGCUGAACAUGCUCUACGCCAAUAACUCCUCGGGGUCUUCAGGGGAGCGGCCGUCAGGCACCAACCUCGACCCCGAGGAGAGCCUCUCCGGAGAGCCAGAGGACCACAGAGGGCUGGGCAGGGCUGGUGGCAGUGUGAAGGAACGUCUAUCUAGCCUCAAGGCCCAGCAGGCCCAGCCUCUACCCAGCGAGGACAGCAGUUCCAGGAGGGCAGAGCUGCAGGGUCUGGGUGGCAGUGCCCAGGCGGCGCGGGCCAGGCUGGCAGAGGAGCAGCAGCACAGGCGUCUCCGGCCGCAGUACAGCAUCGACGCAGAGACCCACUCCCGAAACCUGGAGAAAACCCAGAUGACCCCACUGGCCAGGGACAGACAGACGGACGCCUGGGACCAGCUCCAACCCAGCUCCAAAGCCCUGAAGAUUAAAGACCUGGACUUCUCUGACCUCAUGGAGGAGGAGGACAUAGAUGUUCUGGACGUGGACGUCUUCGACGUGGGUGUUGGUCGGCCCAGUGGUGGUGGUGGUGGCAUCCCACCUCCUCCUCCACCUAUUCCUGGACUAGCCUCCGCUCCUCCUCCUCCUCCUCCUCCCCCCGGGGCUCCGUUUAUGAGUAUCCCUCCUCCACCUCCUCCCCCACCGGGUGGAGGUCUCUGCUCCCCUCCACCACCACCUCCUCCUGGAGCUCCCCCUUCCUCCUCCUCCUCAUCCUCCCAGACUCCAGACCCGGCCUUUGCCAAGAAGAGAAAGACGGUCAAGUUGUUCUGGAAGGAACUCAAACAGUCAGACAGUCCCAGGAAGUGUAAAUUCGGACGCGGGACGGUGUGGGCGUCGCUGGAUAAGGUCACCGUGGAUACGGCCAAGCUGGAACACCUGUUUGAGUCCAAGGCCAAGGAGCUACCCGUGGCUCUGAAGAAAGGAUCAGAAGUGAAGAAAGCAGAGAUUCUGGUGUUGGACUCUAAGAGGAGUAACAGCAUCAACAUCGGCAUGACCGUACUACCAGCUGUCCACGUCAUCAAGACCGCCAUCCUCAACUUUGACGAGUUUGCCAUCAACAAGGAGGGCAUCGAGAAAAUCCUGACGAUGACUCCUUCGGAGGAGGAGAAGCAGAAGAUCCAGGAGGCUCAGCUGGCCAACCCGGACGUCCCCCUGGGCUCAGCAGAACAGUUCCUCCUCACCCUGUCCUCCAUCAGUGGCCUCAGCGCUCGACUACAGCUCUGGGCCUUCAAACUCAACUAUGAAACCCUGGAGAAGGAGAUAGCGGAGCCUCUCUUCGACCUGAAACUAGGCAUGGAGCAGCUCGCCAAAAACAAAACCUUUAAGCGCAUCCUAGCAACGCUUUUGGCCAUUGGAAACUUCCUCAACAGUACCAGUGCUAAAGGUUUUGAGCUGAACUACUUGGAGAAGGUAACUGAGGUGAAGGAUACGGUCCACAGACAGUCUCUGCUUCACCACACCUGUAACUUCCUGGUGGACAACUACACCGACACCUCAGACGUGUACUCCGAGAUCCCCUCCAUCACACGCUCUGCUAGAGUGGAGUUUGAGCAGCUGUCAGAUAGCCUGGUUCAGCUGGAGAGGAAGUGUAAGACAUCGUGGGACAAUCUAAAGGUGAUGUCUAAACACGAGACCAAGGCCCUCCUGAAGAACAGGUUGACAGAGUUCCUUAAAGACUGUACAGAGAGGAUCAUUAUCCUGAAGGUGGUUCACAGACGCAUCAUCAACAGGUUCCAUUCCUUCCUGCUGUACCUAGGUCAGCCAUCCUACUCUGUUCGGGACACUAAGGUGACCCACUUCUGUAAGAUUAUCAGUGAGUUUUCUCUGGAGUACCGGACCACCAGGGAGAGGGUCCUGACCCAGAAACACAAGCGGGCUACCCACAGAGAACGCACCAAGACCAGGGGAAAGAUGAUCACUGAGACGGAGAAGUUCUCGGGGGUGGUGUCUCCCCAGUCCCAGGACAGCCCCUCCCUUGUCUCCAGGCCUCCAGAUCCAGAUCCAGCCCAGGAGGAUCAUGACAACAUGAAGAACAUGCUGAACACCUCCAGCGGUACCGACCACCAGGGGAACCUGCGCCGCAACCGGGGCUACCGCAGUCUAGGCCCAGUUAGUCCAUCCCAGAUGUCUGUAGCCAAAGAGGACAGUGCAAGCUCCCAGGAUGAUGCUACGGAUGAGAUCAUGGAUCGGCUAGUCAAGUCUGUUACCAGGAGCCCCUCAGAGAGGCCGUCCAGCCCCAAGACACGCAAACGCUCCCGCCUCAACAGGAAGUCGUUGAGGAGGACACUGAAGAGCGGACUAAGUGUUGACGUGGUUCAGGCUCUGGGACUCAGCAACAAGACUGGAGACCAGCUCUGAACACACAGAGAGACCUACACAGACUGGAGACAAGCUCUGAACACACAGAGAGAGACCUACACAGACUGGAGACAAGCUCUGAACACACAGAGAGACCAACACAGACAGACUGAGACACAGCACUACCAGACACACCAGCCAUGAAGAGGAAGGAUGAAGCUCGUACCGAGGGCCUGGAUCUUAGAAAGUCCUGAUGUGACAGAAAGAAGAGACAGUACAUGUAGGAAGGACAUGCUGGUGCUCACUACAGUAGCCCCGCCCCCCUCCCCCUCCCACAAUGCUUUGGGCUUGUUCCUGUCUCACUACAAAACAACUGUUUAUAUGUUACAGGAAGACGUGAGAGCUCUUGUUCAUUGAGGGGGGGUUCCCUCUAAAUGGACGAGUCUCUGGACAGAACACUGAAGAAGUGUUUCAGAUGUGGAUUUAAAUAUUCAGAUGUUUUGGUGUCGUAAACAUCCUGAUGUAUGAUAUUGAAGAGAUAUAUACAGUGUGAUGGACAUUUAACUGAACAUCAAGGACAGACGUCACUAUAUUUUAAAGGUUAUACUGUGUAUCUGGAGUCGGGGUGGAGGGGGGAGGGGGGUAACAGGAUGUUUUAGUCAGGAAGUGGUUGAAUAUAAUCUCUGGUGGUAUUAUUA